CAACAGUGAAAAAAAAAUCGAAAUGGGACAUGUGGAGAAUCUGAAUUUCACAGUUUCUAGGGCAGCUGCUGUAUCUGCAAAUAAAUUUGGGAUUUACAUCUCAUAACAAUCAAUGUCGAGCCAUCUCUACGGCUACGGCACCGCACAAUCAGCUGCUGCUGCUGCCGCCGCCACUGCCGGCCUAUCCAGCCUCUACACCUCACGUGCCCUAACCGACCCGACCCUCCGGUACCUUUCCGGGUCGGACCCUUUCGCCUCCGCCACCAACCACCAUAGCCGAAGUAGUUCUAUGUAUCUGGCGACAUCGCAUUUGAUGUCCCAGUCUUCAUGGCCAGCUCCCGAUGUCGAGCCCGGCGUUCCCGGCGUCAAACGCCCCUCUGAAGCACUCUACCAUCAGAGUUUUAUGGGUGCGUAUAAUACGAUUGGGCAAGAAGCUUGGUAUUCUGCGUUAGCCAAGCGCCCUAGAUAUGAGAGUGCAAGCAAUUUGCCUAUUUAUCCACAGAGGCCAGGAGAGAAGGAUUGUGCCCACUAUAUGCUCACAAGAACCUGUAAAUUUGGAGAGCUCUGCAAGUUUGACCAUCCUAUUUGGGUUCCUGAGGGUGGAAUUCCAGAUUGGAAAGAGGUUCCACUUGUCGCUCCAAGUGAAUCCCUUCCUGAGAGACCUGGAGAGCCAGAUUGUCCAUACUUUAUAAAGACUCAAAGAUGCAAAUUUGGUAUGAGGUGCAAGUUCAAUCAUCCGAAGGAAAAACUGGCUGCUGUUGUUGCUUCAGAAAAUGCUGAUGUUUUUGCCUUACCUGAGAGGCCUUCUGAGCCCCCAUGUGCUUUCUACUUGAAAACGGGGCAAUGUAAGUUUGGUGCAACCUGCAAAUUUCAUCACCCAAAAGAUAUCCAGAUACCAUCAGCCGAGCAAGAGAAUAAAAUUGGAGAAACUGGGACAACUAUUCAGCCGGAGGGAACUGGAUUUGGUGUGAAGCUUCCUGUUUCAUUCAGCCCUGCACUAUUAUAUAACUCCAAGGAGCUUCCUGUAAGACCGGGUGAACCCGAUUGUCCAUUCUACCUGAAAACUGGAAGUUGCAAGUAUGGGGCCACUUGCCGCUACAAUCAUCCUGAUAGAUAUGAUUUUUGUGCAGCAAUCAAUCCACCAGUUGGUGCAAUCAGCCAUCCCAUUGUAGCCCCUCCGGCAGCAGGUCUGAACAUAGGAGUUAUUAAUCCAGCUGCCUCCAUUUAUCAAACUUUGGCUCAGCCAACGGUGGGAGGGGGCCAAACUGUGUAUCCUCAACGCUUUGGACAGAUUGAAUGCGAUUACUAUAUGAAGACGGGGGAAUGUAGGUUUGGCGAACAAUGCAAAUACCAUCACCCAAUUGAUAGGUCAGCAGUGGCCCUGUCAACAACAAAACCAGUUCAACAACAAAAUGUUAAGCUAACUCUUGCUGGACUACCUAGGAGAGAGGUAUGAAU